AUAUGCCUAUUGGAGCGCAUUAAAGCACUCCAACCCCCUGCCGCCUGCCUCCGAAGUCCAAAUCCGAUGCAUUGCAUAAGAGAGUCUCCGCUGUCGGUUUCAGGCAUUUAAAGCCCCUGCUUCCCAACUGUUAGCUGUUACCCCUCCAACUGCUUGCAUUUGCAUUGGAUCAAAUAUCAAUAUCAGCCCCGCUACUUCACCAUAAUACCCUUUCUUUUUUCGUUUUUUCCACCACAAUCAAUUAAAACUCCAAGGAGGCUUUUCUGAUCAGAAUCAGAACAAUGACGGAAGAUCACGAACAAAUCUCCCAGAAAAAACACAGGCAAAAUAUAUGCAAACGCCGGUGUCUCUCAGUCGGUUGUGUGCUCAUCAUCUGCCUUCUGCUGAUAUUCAUCAUAUUUCUUGUCCUGGCAUUAACCGUAUUCAAAGCCAAGCAGCCUAGAAUCAAACUCCUCUCAGCAACACUUGAUGGGGUCUCUCCUCGUAUCACAUUCCCAGUUAUUAAUAUUCAACUCAACAUCACACUCGACCUCCAACUCCUUGUUGUAAAUCGAAACCGUGCCAGCUUCAAGCACGGUUCUGGCAAGAGUUUCCUUUCAUAUCGAGGCAACCAGAUUGGGGAGGCUGACAUCCCACCAGGUUUUAUACCUGCGAUGGGGUCCACAACAAUUUCCUCCCGUCUUACACUCGAGGUUGACGAGGUGGUGUCCAAUAUAACAGCUCUGGUCAGUGAUGUAUUGGAUGGGCAACUUGUCGUGGAUUCUCGGACAAGGAUUCCAGGCAGGGUCACCUUCCUGAAGCUUUUCAAGAAGCAUGCUGUUGCUACAUCUGAAUGCCACUUUACCAUAGCUGUUCUAGCUCUCAAGAUCCAAAGCCAGGAGUGCAAGACUAAGACAAAGCUGUGAGUUGGAUGCGUUGCGUGUUAACUGCUUAAUUUGUGACUGGGAGCAUCUUUACUUAUUAAUCCUCCUCCCCUUUUACUUUGUAUAUAGAACGCGUACAGUAUGCUCUUUCUGUUUGUUUGUGCUGGUCGUCAUACUUAAUUUAGGGAUGAUAAAGCACUGGAUAUAGAUCAUAUUCUUUUUUUUUUUUGUUUUGCUUUUCUUAGACAGCUUCUAAAUGCACACGGGUCUCUUUGCACUUCUCUUUGCUUCGACAUCUCUUUUCUUUCUCUUCUAAAAUGAAAGAAGUAGAAUUAUCAAAGAAGGUAAGGAUA